CAUCCAUCCAUCCAUGCAUCCAUCCCUCCAUCCCCGGGGCGGGUACCACCGCAUCAGCCCGCCCCGGGUCCCGCCUCCUCUGCCUGGGGCAGGGCUCGCCCGGUCGUUCCGGUUCCGGGGUGGGUCCGGCGCUGGGUCUGGGUCCGGUUCCGGGGCGGGACGGGCCGGCGGCGGAGGCAUGGCGCGGAGCACGCUGUCCUCCCGCUUCCGCCGCCUCGACAUCGACCAGUACGACGAGAACCGGUUCGUGGAGGAGCCCGAGGAGGCGGCGGCGGCUGAGCCCGACGCCGGGCCCGAGGUGGAGGCGCUGCUGAGGCAAGGGGACGCGCUGCGAGCCUUCCACACGGCCAUCCGGAGCAGCCCCGCCAACAUGAAGAGCCAGGCCAUGAAGGAGCAGGCCCAGGGAACCAUGCUUAAAGUCCUCACAUCUUUUAAAAGCAGCGAAAUAGAACAAGCGGUGAAUUCCUUAGACAGAAACGGCGUUGACUUGUUAAUGAAGUACAUUUAUAAAGGAUUUGAAAAGCCAACAGAAAAUAGCAGUGCAAUAUUACUUCAGUGGCAUGAAAAGGCAUUAGCAGUAGGUGGACUAGGGUCCAUAGUAAGAGUUCUUACAGCAAGAAAGACUGUUUAAAAGACUAUUAACUUGAACCAAGACGACGAUCAGUUUUGGACUCGGAAGAAGGAAUGAGCUGAAAUUACACUGGUCCAUCUUUAUUAGAGAUUGCAAUCUACUGAAAUACUAUGGAAACCUCUUGGAAUGCUCUUAACCUUAAAGGUGGGGGCAGAGUAAAGGUAUUCCUGCAUAUUCCGACUAUCACAUACAGGAGCCAAGACAUUCUCCUGAUCCCUCUUUAAAAGGCAGAGAGAGGGCACACUCCUGCCUGCUAUUACUGUAAUAGAACAGGUAUUUUCAGAUGCUGCUUUAUCCAAGCGUGGUGAGACAGAAUCCUGCGUGUGCUGCUGAUUCACGGGGUAGCUGUGGCCUGGGCAGAUGCAAGACCCUGACAGCUUGUGGGCGGGAGAAGUGGUUGUUACAAUGGUGGUUGCGUACUCGACGGACUAGUUGGACUGUGGGGUUGGUUUCAGUGUAAAGUGCCUGCUGCAUCAAUAAAGUUCUUGGAUCACACGAG